CCUGAGUUUGAUGCCCCUCGAAGUAUCGUGUGGUAUUCUCAAAAGUGUAUGGUUGCUGGGAACGAAGCCCAAUUGACGCAUAAAAUUACUACUAAUGGUUCCAAAAUUUGAUUUCGCUCCGCCAUCAUAAAAUGUGAUGUGUGCGUGAGAUGUUCGGAGUAAUAAAGAAGAAAAAAAAUAGUCAGUAACUCACUAAUUAUGUAGUGCGCCUACCGAAUGAAGAAGAAAAUAAAAACGGGUGACACCACCCAUGUGGGAGGAAAGGAAGUAUCAAGGCGGCUCCACUCCCACCACCCCAAUUUCCUCCUUGUUUACAACAUCUGCAUGUGCGCUCUUUGAUUCCGCGAUACGACCUCCUCAACACAACAACUCGAUCCGAUCCCCCCAAUUUGCACAGCAACAAAUUUUCAAGUCUGACGUCCAAUUCGGUUGCAUUUUUCGUUUGCCUAUAUAAACCCCUUUCUUCCUCUCCUCAUAACCAACUCACUGCUUCUCUCCUUCCUUCUACCCAUAAAAAAAAGAACAACAAAGUAUAAAAUGGCUGCCAUUUCCUCAUCUGUCUUCUCCGUUCUUUUGCUACUAAUGAUCACCGUCACCGGGGCAUUUGCCGACUACGGAGGAUGGGUCGGCGGCCACGCCACCUUUUACGGCGGUGGUGAUGCUUCUGGCACAAUGGGAGGUGCUUGUGGAUACGGCAACUUAUACAGCCAAGGGUACGGCACCAACACUGCAGCCCUCAGCACUGCGUUGUUCAACAACGGGCUGAGCUGCGGGGCAUGCUACGAGCUCCAGUGCAACAACGACCCGAGGUGGUGCAGACCUGGCUCGAUCAUCGUCACGGCGACCAACUUCUGCCCCCCAAACUUGGGCCUCUCCAACGACAACGGCGGGUGGUGCAACCCGCCACUCGAGCACUUCGACUUGGCCGAACCAGCUUUUCUCCAGAUCGCCCAGUACAGGGCCGGGAUCGUGCCCGUGUCGUUCAGGAGGGUUCCGUGUAUGAAGAAGGGCGGGGUUAGGUUCACCAUCAACGGGCACUCCUACUUCAACUUGGUGCUCGUGACGAACGUGGGUGGCGCUGGAGAUGUAAGGUCGGUGUCGAUCAAAGGGUCCAAAACAGGGUGGCAAGCUAUGUCGAGGAAUUGGGGCCAGAACUGGCAGAGCAACUCAUACUUGAACGGCCAGAGCUUGUCUUUCCAGGUGACCACUAGCGAUGGCAGGACCAUGACUAGCAAUAAUGUGGCGCCUGGUGGGUGGCAGUUUGGGCAAACUUUUGAGGGUGGCCAAUUCUAAUUCAGAGGCCAGAGCUACCACAUAAGAAAGAAGGAAAGAGAGAGAGAUUCGCAUUUUGUUUUAAUUAAAUGUGUGAAAGAAAGGGGGGGUUCAAUUGCAAAAGGAAAGAAAUUUGUCUGAUUUGUUUCUUUUAAAGGGUAGAGGAAAGCGGGCGGGAGGGAGGGAGUUGGGGUUUGUUCGUGUCUCGCCUUGCUCCCUAAUCCAAGUGGGCGGGGGCUAGUGGCAGAGGUGGUCAAAUGGCACCCGCUGAGGCCUUUUCUUUUAUUAAUGCAUACAUAGUAAGUGAUAUAUGUGAAAAUCAUCAAAUGAAAAUUUGAAAUAAGUGUAAUUUUUAUUUUUUCAAUUAAUUAGACUCGAUUAUUCAUUACUCGGUGCUUAUGAUCUUAAGCUGAAACAAAGGGCUCAGUGCCGAUCAAAAAAAAAAAAAAAAGGGCUCAGUGAGUCUUGUAUUAUGGACACGAAUGAGAAUGUUUGGUGAUGCAAGGAAGGUUCAAGAUAAAUUAGGAAUCCUUAU